CGCAGUUUAAGAGGAGCGGAGCCUCGUGUGGCUGUGACAUUUUCUCCUGAUCAGAGAAGCAGCGACAUGGCCAGAACCAAGCAGACCGCCCGUAAAUCCACCGGAGGCAAAGCCCCCAGGAAGCAGCUGGCCACCAAGGCGGCCAGGAAGAGCGCCCCGGCCACCGGCGGCGUGAAGAAGCCUCACCGCUACAGGCCCGGUACCGUGGCUCUCAGAGAGAUCCGCCGCUACCAGAAGUCCACGGAGCUGCUGAUCCGCAAGCUGCCCUUCCAGCGGCUGGUCCGGGAGAUCGCUCAGGACUUCAAGACCGACCUGCGCUUCCAGAGCUCGGCCGUCAUGGCGCUGCAGGAGGCCAGCGAGGCUUACCUGGUGGGUCUCUUCGAGGACACCAACCUGUGCGCCAUCCACGCCAAGAGGGUCACCAUCAUGCCCAAAGACAUCCAGCUGGCCCGCCGCAUCCGCGGAGAGAGAGCUUAGAGGCCGCAGGCAGCUCCACCACA